AUGGCAUAUGGUUUUGCAGUUAUGAUUUUUCAAGAAAAGCUGAAAAAAUCUUUGGAAGGUUUAUUCAGAUUUGUUUUAGUGAAAAUUAACGAAACCUUACCUUUGGUGAAGAUCUCUGCGGGUCUUGCUAUAGAGAAGCUGAAGAGAACCCAUCCUCAGGGUUUUGGACAACCGUAUAAAUCGUAUUUCGCGAAACACAGAUUGUUCUUCUUCACUGCGGAAACCCUAACCCUAGAAGAGUUGCGAGAAGGCCUGCUACUCUCUUCCUCAGAGACAUGGCGAAAUCAAAGAACCACACAGCUCACAAUCAGUCCUUUAAGGCCCAUAAGAAUGGGAUCAAGAAGCCAAGGAAACACAGACACACUUCCACCAAGGGGAUGGAUCCGAAGUUUUUGAGGAAUCAAAGGUACGCGAGGAAGCACAACAAAAAGAACGGGGGAUCAGGGAGCGAGGGCGAAGAGUAAACACAGAGCCAUGGAGGCACGAGGGUUAUUUUAAUUAGAGUUUCUUUCAAAAUCUAGGUUUCUGUUUUUUCCUAAAUAUAUCCCCCCGGAAAGAUGGUUUCAUGGCGAUGGACUGAUUCCAUCUGUUCAUGAGAUGGUAGAUCUCCUGUUGUUAUUGGUUACAUUUUACUUGCAAGUAGUAUUGACACCCUGAAUGUUGUUUUUUGAUUGAAGUGAUCAAUGGCUUUUACUAUCUGAGCAUAUA